AUGCGCCCGAGUUUCUCCGCUUCAUCCUCAGGUGUCCCUCCAGGUGAUGUGGUCACCCUGAGUGGCAAGCGAGGCAUACUGGCACGUGAGAGACCGCUGGACAACCUGCGACGCCCCAAGGUGGGCAAAUACUCGGUCUAUGUGCAGGACUUUGAGGAUCUAACGCUGCCGCUGCUCCUCGAUGGCAGUCAAUCGGGCUGCGAGCUCUUGGUCAUCGAUGAAGUGGGCAAAAUGGAGUUGCUGAGCAAGCGCUUUGAAGCUGCCAUGGCCAGUGUGCUGCAGCAUCAGCGCCCCUUCCUGGUUACCAUGCCACAGGCUGGCCGCCAGUCCCUGCCGCUGGUGGAGCGACUGAAGAGCCUUCCUGGCGCUGUCAUUUACGAGGUGACCAAAGGCAAUCGGGAUGCGCUGGUCAAUGAGAUUACGCAGCGCAUUACACAGUCGAAAUUGUUAGCAUAAUAA